AUGUCAGGUGCUCCUGACCGAGAAGCGGUGUUCCCCACGCGCCAGUCGUUGGGGAUCAUGAAGGCCAAGCUCAAGGGCGCCGAAACUGGCCACAGCUUGUUGAAAAGAAAGAGCGAGGCCUUGACCAAGCGAUUCCGAGAGAUUACACGACGUAUCGACGAGGCGAAGAGAAAGAUGGGACGCGUGAUGCAGAUUGCCUCCUUCUCCUUGGCCGAGGUUACUUACGCUGUGGGUGGUGAUAUCGGAUACCAGAUUCAAGAGUCGGCCCGGUCAGCUCGCUUCCGUGUUCGUACCAAGCAGGAGAACGUUUCUGGCGUUCUGCUCCCGGCAUUUGAGAGCUACGUGACUGAAGGAAACAACGAUUUCGGCCUGACGGGCUUGGGCAAGGGCGGUCAACAAGUCCAGCGUUGUCGCGAGACAUAUGCUCGCGCUGUUGAGGCUCUGGUUGAGCUUGCGAGUCUCCAGACUGCUUUUGUCAUUUUGGAUGAGGUUAUUAAGGUCGUCAAUCGACGUGUAAACGCCAUCGAGCACGUUAUUAUUCCCAGGACAGAGAAUACCAUCAAGUACAUUAACUCGGAGCUCGAUGAACUUGACAGAGAGGAGUUCUAUAGACUCAAAAAGGUUGCCGGCAAAAAACAGAGGGACACUGCUGCCGCAGACGCCGAGAUCAAAGCCAAAAAGGCCGCACGGGCAGCAGAAGAGGACAGGGAUGAUGCGUCAGGACCCGGCGACCUUCUCGCUGCGGAGGAAGACAAUGACGUUAUCUUCUAA